UUUAGCGCAUUCUAAACAGAACAAUUCGACUCCAUUACUGACAACUCUGUUGCAUUUGUCUAUAUGCAUUGGUGUGGACGAGGUAUUCGCUCUCUUAGUUCGUGUUCAACAAAAAACAUCCAGACCAACUGGGAUCCAACUGCAUCGCUCCAACUCAAUCACGCGGCUCUUGUUUUGCUUGAGAAAUGCAGCACAAGGGAGCAUUUCAAGCAGAUAUUGGGGCAGAUUAUGAGGACCAAUCUCGUUGGUCAAACGUUUCCCAUGAGCAGGCUUCUAUUUUUCUCAGCAAUCUCACGUCCCGAAAACCUGGACAUGGCUCUCCGGCUUUUCGACCAUUAUACUCCACAUCCCAAUCUCUACAUUUACAACACCAUGAUCUCCGCCUUAUCAUCUUUCUCUAUCAGUCAAUCAUUUGCUCUCUACUAUUCAAUGCUCUCGUCUGGUAUUUACCCAGAUAAGCACACUCUCCUUUACCUUCUCCAAGCGUCCCAACGUAUAUCGGAAGCCAAGCAGAUCCAUUGCCAUGCCGUUGUUACAGGCUUGUCGUCUUAUGGAUAUCUGCAAAACUCACUGGUGAAAAUAUAUUUGGAGAAUGGACUCUUGGGGCUUGCACAUCAGGUGUUCCGCCAUAUGCCUGUACUAGAUGUUGUAUCAUUUAACAUUUUGAUUGUUGGUUAUGCGAAGAGGGGUUACAGUUUUGACGCUUUGGAUCUAUUCUUUGAAAUGAUCGGUUCAGGGCUUGAACCUGAUGAGUUUACGAUAGUGGGUCUUCUUAUGUCUUGUGGGCAGUUAGGAAAUGCAAAACUAGGGAAGUCUGUUCAUUCAUGGAUUGAGAAGAGGAAGUGCAUUAGUUCUUCGAAUUUGAUCUUGGGUAAUGCUCUUCUUGAUAUGUAUGCCAAAUGCAAGAAAUUGGAGUUUGCUCAAAGAGUUUUUGAUGCAUUAGUAGUGAAGGACAUCAUUUCAUGGAACACCAUGAUUGCAGGAUAUGCCAAGGUUGGGCAAUUGGACAUUGCCCACAAUUCUUUCAAUCAAAUGCCCAAGAGGAAUCUUUUCUCUUGGAAUUCUUUAAUGUCUGGCUACUCCCAGAAGGGUGAUUAUAUGAUGGUAAUGAAUUUAUUUAAUAGCAUGGUUGGGGAUAAUGUUAGGCCUGAUAAUGUUACUAUGGCAAUCUUGGUCCAUGCUGCAGCAGAAAUUGGAGGACUGGAUCAAGGGAAAUCGAUACAUAGUUGGGUGGUUAGGAUGCAGAUAAAAAUAGAUGCAUUUUUGGGUUCAUCAUUAAUAGACAUGUACUGCAAGUGUGGAAGCAUUGGAAGAGCUUUUAUGGUUUUCAGGGGGCUAACUGAAAAAGAUGUUAAUGUAUGGACGACAAUGAUUACUGGAUUUGCAUUCCAUGGUUAUGGGAGCAAAGCUCUUGAACUGUUCUCCGAGAUGCAGGGAGAUGUACUGCCAAAUGAGGUGACAUUUGUUUCUGUUCUCACUGCAUGCAGUCAUAGUGGACUUGUGGAUGAAGGGCUCAAAAUAUUCAAUAGCAUGAAAGAAAAUUAUGGUAUUCACCCAGGAGUUGAGCACUACGGGUGUUUGGUGGAUCUUUUUGCAAGAGCAGGGCAGCUGGCUGAAGCUAAAAUUGUGAUUGACAAGAUGCCAAUGGAACCAAGUCAAUCCAUAUGGGGAUCAGUCGUGGGUGCUUGUAGAGCUCAUGGAAACAUGGAACUAGCAGAGAUAGCUUUGAGAGAGUUGCUAAAGUCGGAACCUAACGAAUCAGGCGGAUAUAUUUUGUUGUCAAACAUAUAUGCUACUUGGGGAAGAUGGAGCUGUUCAGACAAGAUAAGGGAACUCAUGGAAAGCAGAGGAGUAAAGAAGACAGCUGGUUGCAGCAGUGUAGCUGUUGAUGGAGUUUUUCAUGAUUUUGUAGCAGUGGAUAAGCAGCAUCCGAGAUGGGAGGAUAUUCAGUCCAUAUUGAAUUGUCUAAAGAGUGAAAUGAAGUCCACUACUGAUUUUUCAUUCAACUUUUUGCACAUGCUGCUAGACCCCUGUUGAUUUCUGCUUAUGUUUGAUGAAGCUUCCUCUUUGAC